UUUUACAUUUCUUUCUUGCUCGUAAACUUGUAAAGUUUUCCUAAAUUUCUACAACGAAUACGUGUUAUUUAGAGGUUUUUUUGUCAAUAAUACAAGGCUUUGGGUUGUGUGCGACUUGUUUCGGUGUUAUAUUUCAUAGUUUGCGUGUAUUACUCGGUAACCAUGUAAAGUAAACGAAGGCCAUAAUUUAGUGUAAAACAAUGGGUUUUCUAUACAUUGUUUAGUAUAAACAAAGUGUUAGGUGGUACGUUUCUGUGGAAGGAGCGAAAUAAACCUACCAAGAUGGCGGAGGGCAACUGGUCCCGUUUCACCGCGGCGGAGGGCGGGGCUCGGCUGGCGGCCGCAGCCCGCACCCGCAACACCAUAGCGGCCGAGCUGGCGGCGUUCACGGCCACGCGGUUGCUACACGAGGAGGCACAUGAGAUCAGGGGACUAUUCUCAGCCGGAAAGCAGCGCUCCAUCUUCGUGACCCGUGCCUCUCGGGUCCCUUGUGCGGCGUAUGAACUCCGAAUCCUGACUGACCUCGCGGUUGCUAGUGCGACUGAUUAUGGAGAUAUUGAAGAUUGGACGCAGGAGGUCGAGGUUAAGGAGGUGAUAGUGUGCACUUCCACAGUGUUCCGUCAACUCCUGGAAGACGGCGUCAUCACCAUAACCAGGGUGAACGUGCUCGUCGUUGACAGCUGUCAUCUGGUGCACACCGACGCACACUUGCAAACAAUAAUGGACCUCUACAAGUCAAGUCCGUCUCAGCCGAGGGUCCUCGGGCUGACUUACCCGCUCUUCCCCGCCAAGAGAUCGGACCCUGAUGCUGAGAAUACACCUGAUGAGAAGGAGGAAUCAUGUGCCAAACAAAUCACCUUACAAGAGUUCGGUGUUCGCGAGAACGUGGAUGACUUCGAGAUGUACAGCAAGCUGGAGUGGAACAUCAGAAGGCUAGAGGAGAGGCUGUGCAGCCAGAUGGAUCUGGCUGAGGACAUGGACGGCGGGAAAAGGUGUGGUUUCAUACUUGUCAACAUGUUUUGCAGGUGUAUGGUUUGUCGCGACCACUUCGAGAUGUACAGCAAGUUGGAGUGGAACAUCAGAAGGCUAGAGGAGAGGCUGUGCAGCCAGAUGGAUCUGGCUGAGGACAUGGACGGCGGGAAAAGGUUCACUGGCGCCCCCUGUAAGCCCAAAGAGCUGAUAGUGGAAUACGCCUUAAGCCGUCCCGUCUGUAGCGACUAUGAGGAGUUGGAGACCUUCAUGAGAAACGCCGUCAACGAUGUGACAGAGUUCUUAGAGGAACACAGAUACGAUCCCACGGAGAUCUAUGGCGAAGAUUUGUAUGAGGAGUUCAUGAAUAUUCCGAACCCAACAAUUGACCCUAAGCUGGUUAUCAAACAGUUUCUCUACGUUUUGGACGAGCUGGGUCCAUACGGCGCAGACAAAGCAGCAUUUUCUCUGCUAACUAAAUUAGAAAAACUAAAAAUCAAAGUUCCAUACGAAAGGCAUUUCCUGUUACUCUGUCUAUGUACUACAGUGUUAGUCAAAAUCCGGUGCUACGCUGAUCUAAUGUUCUCUAAAUACUCUGAGUUAGAUAGAAUUACUACUUUUUCCACACCAAAAGUACUCAGAUUUAUUGAAAUACUAGCUCAAUUUGAAUAUAAUGACAGUGAAAAUGAUAAAACUCAUGAAAAAGCUAUAACUGAUAAAAAAGAAAUAAAUAAUGAAAAUCGAAGUGAAAAGACAGAUAAUGUGACUAAAGAUGAUAUUAAUACAGUUACUUUAAAUGGCUUCACCACUACAAAUAGUGACGAAGACGUAGAAAAGCAGAAUGAUAAUAAAAAAAAUACUAAUAUAAUUGACGUAGAAAAUGAGAAUGAUAGUGAAAAUUUGACGAAAAAGAUGCUAGACGAUAUAGAAAAAUGCGAUUUUGUAGGACUAAGCAAUAAAAUAGAGGAUAAAGUCAACACUUACGAAGCUAACUUAAAAGAAAUACACGAUUUAAGUAUAGAUUUAAAUAAACUUGAUGUAAACAAAGAAGAAUCUAACACAAAAACUGAUACAGCCGAAGUUAAAACUGAAAUGGGUCUUACGGACCCCUGGUCGCUCCUGUUCCCUAGGCGGAUGCACAGGGUCCGGGGUCGGGGCAGGGUCCAAAGGAACGUGAUACGGAACCAGCAGGCCCAGAUGAACCCUGAUGCGUUGUGUGGCAUCGUGUUCAUGAAUGAACCUAUCAUGGCGAAGAUUAUGUUUCUCAUUGUUGUGGAUUUGUCCCGGUUCGAACCCCGUCUGUCCGGUGUGAGCGCGCAGUAUGUAGCGUGUGGUGGCGCUGCGGAUACCGCGGAGCUGAAGAGACAUGCGCGUGCACGCGAGGACGCACUGAAAAAGUUUCGUAUGCACGACUGUAACCUGCUGCUGGCGACGUCAGCUCUAGAGGAGGGCAUCGACCUGCCGCGGUGCAAUCUGGUGCUGCGAUGGGACAUCCCGGCCUCGUAUCGGUCCCAUGGGUUGUGUCGCGCGCGCGCACGCGCACCGCGCGCAUCGUGCGCGCUGCUCGCCGGCGCGGGGCGCGCGCGGGAGCUGCUGCAGCACGUCGCGGUCUACCGGGAGCUGGACCAGAUCAUAAGCCGCAAAUGCGGCUGCGGAAUCCAGGACGAGCCGCCACAACAAGAAGAAGAUCACGCAGAUGCCUUCACUGCGCUCGUGAUUCCUUACUCCCCCUCGGUCAACGUAGAAAAAGGAGAUACAGAAAAAGUCGAUGUUAAUAUUAAAGAAAAUGAUUCAGUUAAGAAAAAUAAUGAUAAAUAUUAUGAUGUAACUAGUAAAGAUAUUGAAAAUCAAAAUGAAGAAUAUCUAGUCAAGAGCAAGAAAGAAGCAGCUAUAGAGAUAAUUAGUCAAAUAACUGAAGAUAGUAAUUUUAUUAAAAAUAAUGACGAAAACGAAUCAAAUGUCAAUUUAAAAGAAAAUUCGAUAGAAGAUAGUGUAGAAUCGAAAAUUAGUGAAAAUAGGACUAGUGGGAACAGUGAACUAAAUUUGGAGUGUAACAAAUGUAAAAAGAGGAGUAGUGUGGAUAAAGAGUGUUGUAGUGAGGAGGUCAAGAAAGAGGAUAUUGCUAGUGUGGAUCUUAGUUCCGCUAUAGCUUUGAUAAAUAGAUACUGUGGCAAACUCCCCUCCGACACAUUCACUCGCCUCGCCCCCUCAUAUCGCACCGAACGAGUCCACAUACGGACUGCCUCGGGCGUGCAGCCAGCCUGGGUGUGCACUCUACGACUGCCGCUCAACUGCCCCGUCAAGUACAACAUCGUGGGUCACCCAAUGCCGACACGAGUGCUGGCGCGAAGAAUGGCGGCGUUGCAAGCUUGUAGGAUACUACACAAGUCUGGGGAGCUGGACGAACAUCUUAUGCCUAUAGGCAAGGAGAACUUCAAGGCGGGCGAGUUAGAAGCUUGCGCCGAGGCCGAUGCUAGGCCUGGAACCACGAAGAGGCGGCAAUACUAUUAUAAAAGGACAGCGCGAGCCUUCACCAACUGCGAGCCGAUUGUGGAUACGACGGACGAGCAGCUGGCGGAAGAGGCAGACGGACAGACCCAGCCAAUUAUCAGUAGCAAUGUGUUAUACGCGAUAUCGUGCACGCUCUGGUGCGCUCUACCCGAACGAUACAACACUAGAGGGCGGAGACUGCACGCCCCACAGCUGGCGAGACAAGCAUGCGGUGUGCUCAUGCGAGUACACGAACCGGACAGAUUGCAAAUCCCAUCGUUCCCGGUGUACACGCGUUCUGGCGAAGUGCGUGUGACCGUAGCCCCCGCCGCACACGCUGACACCAGGCUCAGUCCGCGGAGGAAGCAACUCAUCACGAGGUUCAUGCGUUUCGUGUUCGCGGACGUGUUGCGCGUGCGCCGCCGCGGCAUGACGCUGGAGCCGGAAGCCUGUACAUACAACAAUUAUUACGUUGUGCCUACUGUUAAAGUAAACAACUCAGACGGCACCGCCAAAGUGGACAUUGACUGGAAGUUCCUAGAACAAAUAUACCAGUACACGGAGGAGAAGGCACACGCUGAGCUAGAGAAACCGGUGCUAUGGUCGGAAGAAGGGAAGAACGAAGAAAAACGGCCCGGAGAAGGCGAAGUAUGGGCGAGGAAAGAGGAUGACACUAAAUCAGAAAACCAGGACAAGAGAAAAGUAAAGAAUAUGGACAAUCCACUGCUGAAGCCGGGAGAGAUAUUCGUGUUUGACCCGGAGAAAUACAGAGAGGCUGUUGUCACCCCGUGGUACCGGAACCAGGACCAACCUCAGUUCUUCCUAGUAGCCGAAAUAUGCUCCAACCUGACCCCAGACUCCGAGUUCCCGUCGGACACGCACACAAGCUUCAGAGAUUAUUACAAGAGCAAAUAUGGCGUCACACUCACACAGCCGAACCAGCCUCUGUUGGACGUGGACCACACUAGUGCCAGGCUCAAUCUACUUACGCCCAGAUACGUGAACCGCAAAGGCGUAGCCCUGCCCGUGUCCUCGGAGCGCACUCGGCGCGCCAAGCGCGACCGCCUCGACCAGAAGCAGAUACUAGUACCGGAACUGUGCACCGUGCAUCCCUUCGCGGCGCCACUGUGGUUCGCCACCGUCGCCCUGCCCUGCGUGCUCUACAGAAUCAACGCACUGCUAAUAGCAGACGAGAUACGUCGUGGCGUAGCGGCCGGGGUCGCUCUAGGGGUCCCAAGAGUGGGUCCGGGGUUCCAAUGGCCAGCGCUUGACUUUGGAUGGAGUCUAGCUGAGGUGCUGAGCGCCGACUCUGAGAAGAACGAUAAAAAAAAAGAAAACGAAGAGGAACCGAAAGAUGAAGACGAGGUGGAACUGAAGGAGAGAGAACACGAGGAACAGAAAGAGACGGAAGAACCCAAGGAGAAGACGAUCAACGAUAUUUUGCAGGAGAAGGAGGAUGCUGAGAGCGGCUUCGAGAUCGGCACUUGGGACAACAACAUGGCGUCCUCCAUACCGGAACCGGAGUUUGAUGAGUUUCUAGAACCGCUGCCUCCUAAUCUCACCUUCUGCACUUCCGCUUCCGGCGGUGCGAAUUGGUGUGAUCCAGUUCAGAAGCCCAAAAGCCAGUUUAAACCUUCGCGAACGUUCUCCAUGGCGGACAGCGACUGCUCCUACAUAUCGAGUGAUUUCGACACGGACGAUUCAGAUCUGAACUCUGAAGAUAGCGACGACACGGAUACCAGCGGGUUCUGUAGCAGUAAAAGCAAUGCGGCAAUGGGCGUCCGUAUAGAGUAUAAGACGGCCCACGAGGCGGAGGCCGUGGACGUGGAGCGCCGCGCCGCGCGCCCCGCGCCGCCGCGCGACGCCGCCGACGACGCCAGGGACGUGGCCGCGCACGCGCGAGCCAUGCGCGCCGGACACGCGCCCACAGAGUGCCUACAACAGUUUCAACAAUCAGUCGCCGAACAUGAACAAGAGAUCAUCCAGAAAGGCCUCCUCAUACCACAAGAUCAGCCAAUCGCAGACAUCCUACCCGACCCUUUGAAAGAUUGCCGAAAAUCCGAACCUAUACCGGACGACGAAGUAAAAACGAGAUUCCAACAACUCUUCCCUUACAAAAACGACUUUUUGAAUAUCGAAAACGGACCCUUAACCUUAGAAGCGAUCGAGAAAAACAAGCGAUCAUUACUGGCUGAAUUUAAAAAUAGUUUAUUGGAAGAAGAAAUUAAAAAAUACACCUGUUUCUCUAUGAUAGAUGUUGACAUAGAUUCACCAGAGUAUAAGAAUGAGAAAGUGUCAAAUAUAGGUUUUGAUACGAUGGAGAGUUAUGCAGAGAGAGUGGUGCGUGUCGGUGAGAGAGAAUUCAGACCGUAUUAUGAGGAUAGUAAGGGGAAUGGGAAGGAGUUUGACUUUGAUUUUCAGCCAAAUUUGGAGGGACAUCCGGGGCCGAGUCCUAGUGUUAUUUUACAGGCGCUGACGAUGUCAAACGCGAACGAUGGCAUCAACCUUGAACGGCUGGAGACCAUCGGGGACAGUUUCCUAAAGUUCGCCAUCACGGCUUACCUGUACUGCGCGCACCCUACCGUGCAUGAGGGGAAACUGAGCCAUAUGCGGAGUAAACAGGUGUCAAACUUGAACCUGUACCGACUGGGAUUACGCAAGCGUCUCGGCGCGCGAAUGAUCGCGUCCAAGUUCGAACCCCACGACAACUGGUUGCCGCCCUGCCACAAAGCUCCACCCGCCGCACACGCACCUGUGGACUCGGAGGGUGGGCAGGAGGCCCCUCCCGCCGGCUGCUUCAUCCCUUACAAUCUCAUCACGCAGCACAGUAUCCCAGACAAAUCAAUAGCGGACUGCGUGGAAGCCCUAAUAGGGGCGUACCUGCUGGAGUGCGGUCCCCGCGGAGCCCUACUGUUCAUGGCGUGGCUCGGGAUCCGGGUGCUGCCGCGGCAUGACGUGCCUGUCAAUGACCACGGUACCGCCAGCAAGUUAGAGGAGUGGCAGAAGAAGCAGUCAGCCCGCAAAACACGUCGCGAGUCAGACUCCGAGUCAUCAGACGAAGAUGAUGAUGAUGAUGAUCUUCCUCGGCCUGUCGGCUCGUUGGCGCCCUACAAAGAGAAUGGACAAUGGUUUCUGCCCAUGUUUGGAGCGCUGCGGGCGCCGCCCUCGCCGCUGCUGCGCUACAUUGCUGACCCUGAGGGCGAGCUUGAGCAGAUGUUGUCCGGCUAUGACGCAUUGGAGCGGACUCUUCAGUACCGCUUCAAAGAUCGCUCGCUCCUACUACAGGCGCUUACACACGCGUCACACCAGAGGAAUAGACUAACUGACUGCUACCAGCGGCUGGAGUUCCUAGGAGACGCCAUUUUGGACUACCUAAUAACCCGGCACCUGUACGAGGACCCUCGGCGGCACUCGCCCGGCGCGCUCACCGACCUGCGCUCGGCGCUCGUCAACAACACCAUCUUCGCCACCCUGGCGGCCCGCCACGGCUUCCACAAGUACUUCCGCCACAUGUCGCCCGGCCUAAAUGAGGUGCUGACCCGCUACGUUAGGAUACAGGAAGAAAACGGACACUCCAUCAGCGAGGAGCACUACCUGAUUCACGAAGACGAGCUGGAGCAAGCUGAAGACGUGGAGGUUCCCAAGGCCCUAGGAGACCUCUUUGAGUCCAUCGCCGGCGCCAUAUUUUUGGACUCCGGCAUGUCGCUAGCGGCGGUGUGGGGCUCGUACGAGCAGCUGAUGGGCGCCGAGCUGGAGGCGUUCUCGGCCGCCGCGCCCAAGUCCCCCGUGCGAGAGCUGCUGGAAGCCGAACCCGACACCGCCAAGUUCGGCAAACCAGAGCGUCUUGCCGACGGGAGACGAGUGCGCGUGUGCGUGGAGGUGUUCGGUCGAGGGGCCUUCAAGGGCGUGGGACGGAACUACCGCAUCGCCAAGGGCACAGCUGCCAGGUGCGCGCUAAGGCACCUUAAGAGACACAAACAACAUUGAAACUUGAUUUAAGAAGCCUUCAAGACAGAAAACCUAACUCUUAACCAGAAACCUAACGACUAAACUUAUGCAAUUAAAACUGCACGAAGCCACGCGCUUGGUGAGGUAUUGAAGCCUAUGGAGGAACCUGGUCCUCAGCAUUGAGGGAAUGACUGAAGAAUCAGUGAAAGGAAUUGCUGCCAGAUGCACCCUUAGACACCUCAAGACAAAAAACAUUGAAACUUGUUUCGAGACAACGCAGCCUUUAAGCCAGAAAACCUAGCCUUAAAUAUUAAAAUAUUAUAGGAUAACACAAACGACGUUGUGUGUAAGGUAUACACUGACGUUAUUUACUAAGGCGAUUCACACACUAAGAAUCACUGACGUUAUUUACGAAGGCGAUUCACACACUAAGAAUCACUGACGUUAUUUACGAAGGCGAUUCACACACUAAGAAUCCAUGACGUUAUUUACUAAGGCGAUUCACACACUAAGAAUCACUGACGUUAUUUACUUAGGCGAUUCACACACUAAGAAUCAGUGACGUUAUUUACUAAGGCGAUUCACACACUAAGAAUCACUGACGUUAUUUACUAAGGCGAUUCACACACUAAGAAUCAUUGACGUUAUUUACUAAGGCGAUUCACACACUAAGAAUCACUGACGUUAUUUACGAAGGCGAUUCACACACUAAGAAUCACUGACGUUAUUUACUUAGGCGAUUCACACACUAAGAAUCAGUGACGUUAUUUACUAAGGCGAUUCACACACUAAGAAUCACUGACGUUAUUUAUUUAGGCGAUUCACACACUAAGAAUCACUGACGUUAUUUACGAAGGCGAUUCACACACUAAGAAUCACUGACGUUAUUUACGAAGGCGAUUCACACACUAAGAAUCACUGACGUUAUUUACUAAGGCGAUUCACACACUAAGAAUCACUGACGUUAUUUACUAAGGUGAUUCACACACUAAGGGCCAGUUGCACCAACCAUACUUAACAGACUGAUCAACAUCAUUCAACCGAGUACUAUGAAAAUUCCUAUACAAUAAAAUUUAUCAGACGCUUUAACGGUGACAGACGGUUUGGUGCAACCGAUCCUUAGACCGAUGCUGAAUCCCGAAGAAACAUACAUACACAGUAACAUAACAGUUCAUCAGUUUGUUGUAUCAUCGCCCACACUGUUAACUGUACACAUGUAAACUUGUACACUGUAAAUUACAAAAGGCGUAAGGUUUAUUUUAUAUAAACAGAUGCACAUAUAUUUUUAUCUGUGGCGCCGUGACUUCACUCCCGUUCGGCUGUCCGUGUGUGUUUCGCCUAAUCAACCGGCGACAUACAAUUGGGUUGGCAAACUGUCAAAGGUUUUGAGAGAAAGAUGGCGCUAGCAUAGGUUUUGAAUGAAUGAAUUGAAUGUAUUGGAUUGGAUUGAAUAUAAUUAUAAUAAAUAAUAUUUUAACUUUUAUAUAUAACGCUGUAACUAAUUUUGUAACGUGUGUGUUUAUAUGAAUAUUAAAUGUAAAUAA